AUGCCCGCCCAAGGAGCAUGCAACGCGCAAGGACAUUGCGAAGAGCGCGAUCCACCAGAAGGCUGGCCAGCCUGUGACUACUGUCUCUUCGCACACCAUCCUGAAGACGACUGUUGGGACCCCUGUGGUCAUUGUGGACAGUGGCACCAUCCUUCCGCCGAUUGCCCGCCCAUCCCUUUGACCACCAAGAAUGUCACGAUACAGCACUUCUACGCUAAUUCUUCCCCUUCAUUUUUCCCUUCACCCCACAUUCCGCAUGAGACCUCCCUAGGCCAUGGUAAUUAUCAUGGCCAUCAUCAACUUCCACCAGCACCCGCUCAAACAGGCUACAACGCCGACACGUCUGGCCCUCAAGCUGCUGCUCCAGCGACUGCAGCCGAAGCCAUCCACCAAGUCACAUCAGCCAUUCGGAAAGCUAUAGCAGAUGAGCAGUCGGCAUCCCGCGGAGACAAAAAGAAAGAAGUGAAGAAGAAGGCGAAGAAGGACAAGAAAGAGAAGAAGCACAAGAAGGAGAAAUCAGGAUCCGCGCACUCAGCCGGUGUUAAGAAGGCUAAGAAACAGCGCAAGAGGGAGGCUGGAGAGGUGAAAGUGGUAGCAGGAGGGCAAAUGAUCAUUCGGAAGCUGACGGCAUCAGAAUUGGAGAUGAAAAAAAGAGGAAUUGCUCUCCCAGAUGCGAGUUUGAGUACUGAGGACCGUGAUGAGGAGGCUGGGGUUGUACGGCGCUAUGCAAGGAUCGAGAGUGAUGGGGAAGAGGGGGAGAAAGAGGAUUAUGCUGCGGGCGAGAGCUAG